CUGGGAGAGUGGUAACGAAUUAUAAAGCGUAAAAAAGAAGCGAGCUUGCAAUAUGGCCGAAAAAUCAUCAACAAAAAUUGAGGAAGUUGUGGACCUUCGCACGAAGUUAAACGGCAUCUUUAAACGAAAACGAAGAACUUUGGAGGAAGAUAGAGAGAUAAAGAGAGAGCGUAGACAAACGAGACGCAAUUCCCACGAGUCCCACAGCGAAAAUGGCGACUCCACUGAAUUGGAAAAAAUCCAUGAAGGCAUCACACAGCGUGCUCUGUUUGACGACGAAGAUUGCCUAAAAAUCGAAAAAAAAAUCGACGAAGUUGUUGCAAACGCGGAAAAAGGACGCUAUCGUGAAAAAACUGUUGAUAGAGCCCCCUUAAGAAUAAAAUAUUUCUUUGGAGAGGGGUACACCUACGGCAAACAGAUGAGUGAAAGGGGUCCGGGGCAAGAAAGGCUCUAUGCCCGGGGGGUUGUCGAUGACAUUCCAAAAUGGAUUUUCGACAUGGUUGAAAGGAAGAUUGUCGAUGCGGGAAUCGUUCCUAAGAACUUUAUAAAUAGUGCGGUAAUCAACGAUUAUCAACCCGGGGGCUGUAUCGUAUCGCACAUCGACCCGGGUCAUAUCUUUGAUAGGCCCAUAGUGUCUGCUUCAUUCUUCAGUGCUUCGUCUUUGUGUUUCGGGUGUAAGUUUAGCUUUAAGCCAAUCCGAACCACCACCCCUGUGCUAUCUCUGCCCAUCUCUCGCGGAUGUGUCACCGUUCUUAGGUAGGUAAACCAAGAAUGAUUUUUAGAUAAAAUAAAACAACAUUGCAGAUUAACAUGGAAGGAUAGUCUGGUCAAUCCAUUAUCUGGUAUAUCCAGUGUUAAUGUUCCAUACUUUAUUAUUUUACUCUGUCAAAUGCCGGAUGAUUUUACCCAUCAAGGGGAGAGUGCUGUCACUCAAUCUGUUAAUGUUCGAAGUUAUGUAUACAGUAAGUAUGGUACUUAAAUCAAUGUUUAAUUGUUUCCAGUGGUUAUGCAGCCGAUGGUAUAACACAUUGCAUUCGACCACAAGAUGUGACGGAAAGACGAGCUGUGAUCAUCUUGAGAAGGUAAUUGUGAGUCGCUACCAUUUUGAUCAUUGUUACCAUUGUCAUUAUCACUAUCAUCACCACUACUACCAUCAUCAUCACCAUCAUACUAAAACCAACAUGAAACAAAUUUCAAUGUUUCUCCAGGGUGUAUGACAAUGCUCCUCGUCUGCCACUUAACUACAAGCCUGAGAAGAACAACAGAAAUCACAGCCUCCGAGAAAGAAGCAGAAGCCCGAGAAAGGCCAGAGAACGAACCUCUGACUCGGACAGCGAAGACGAGCCCUGGUACAUGAAGAAUCGCAUGAGAUCUGAUCACUACAAAGAGAACCGGAAGCACCGCAACUCUGCCCGAGACUCUGAGUGAAGCUGGUAAUCUCCUCGUUGUUAAACAAUUCUUCGGUGUCGUUGAACCAUGAAGAUUUUAAAAAUGUUUUGUUGUGAAAUCUGUAGACUGUAAUUCCAAAACAUAUGGGUAAAAAUACAGAAUUAAUUGAUAUUGUAUGAUUUAAGCCUGGUUUCCAUUUGGUCUUAAUUCACAGUUGCCCCAAUAUCAAGGUAGCCAAGAUAAUAGUGUCGAUAUAUCUCUACACACGUCAAAACCUCACAAAUUGUCAACAAGAUAUGUUCGUAACAGGCUUAUAGCAAGGUUGUCAACAAGUUGUAACAAUGCUGUUUUUUUAUCACAUUGAUACAAGGUCGCUUGCAACUUGUUGACAAAUCAUUGAAUUGCAGGCCGAUAACCAGGUGUUGGAACAACUUGUAACAAGUCUGUUGAGCUUAAAAACCUUGUAGCAAGUUGUCAACAAGCUGGGAACAAGCAGUGCGAACAUGUCCUGUUGACAAGUUGUUGGAAUAACAUUGCUGCAGGUUUGUUAGAACUCGUGUGUUUUUAUGUGUCUACCAUUAGUAAAGAUUGAUUUACAUACAGCACACAAACGACAAAAUAUAUUCAGAGAAUUUCAUUUUAGUGAUCAUGAUGUUAUUUAAAGUAGCCAUGGCUAAAUGGAAACCAGUAUUUACUUAAUUAAUAAUAAUGUAAACUCAAUAAUUCCACAUUGGGUCAUUUCAGAAAAGAUCCACACACUCCCCAAGGAGGAAAUUUCUGAGUUCCAGAGGCUAGGGGGAGGGGAGAAGUUCAUCCGAAGGGGGGAGGGGGUUAACUUCGAAUUUCCUCUAUGUGGGAGGUAUGGAUAUUUUCUGAAAUGACCCAUAAAGUUUUCAAAUGGAAAAACCAAUCUAUGAUAAUUAUUCUCUGGUCUAACCUCAGAUUUACAAGUUACUUUAUAUAGUGUAAAUGAUAUACCACUAAGAUUCAUACUAUGGCAGGGUCAAUAUUUUGCAUGAAAUUGUAAAUAGCGUUAAAUGUAACAAGUUGUUUAUCAAAUAUAUGCAGUGCUAUAAAUAGUGAGGAAAAUCGAGUAUUUUGCAUGGUGGAACCAAGUUCAUCUGAUCCUAAUAUGAUAGGUUUUAAUCUGAACAGCGAAUAAGUUUCCGUUGCCUCACGUUGAUUGGCUGGCCUAAUUGAAACUUCAAAUCCUAAAAAUUUCAAACAUGAAUCUCACGUGAAAGUGACAAUUAUUUUUUCUGCUACUGUUCAUCCGUAGAC